UUGACCAAAUACCAGAACUACCACCCAACAAUCAGGCGGUCGAACGCAUCAUGAACCAUCUCCCGUGCUUUGAUACCGGCCUAUCUUAUGGCUAAUGGCAAAGGGCCUGGCCAGCGCUAAUCCGCGUCCUCAAGGUGAUAGAUCGCUUUGCGUGAAAGAUAUCCGAAAAGAAUAUGAACAAGAUCUUCAAGAAUCCAACAAGUCGGGUUUGCUUCAAGGUGCUCCGAUCAAAGUAUUAUGCAAAGUGUCACUAUAUAAUGACUCCCACAAUCAUCGACAACAUCAUCAGCAACAAAAGCAGUAAUACUCUGGAGCCAAUGGUCGGGAUCCUAUGUGUGUUUUCGAAACAACCAUGCUCCAUCCAAGGCCUUGAAUAUCAGGAUGAUCCUACUGUACAGCUGUUGUAUUCCAUUGUUCAAAAUGCACUUUCAAAUGAAAUCCGAAAAGAACACAAAACUGUGGAUGUACUUGUUAAUGAUUACCAGAAACGAAAGAGCAGUUCAAACACAUCCACGAUGCCUUGGAAAGUGCCGAUGACCCUGUCUUCAAAAUGGAUCGAAGUUAUUCUAGUGCUGGAUAUGAGUACAGUGAUGCGUGCCUUCGAAAAUAUACACAAGAUCCUAUUAAUUGUGUCGCUGCAAUGUCUGAACCUGUAUCAUUGCCGGAUGGUGUUGUGGGUCAAAUCGGAAAAUUGGUGUCUGUCCUCCCAUCACUUCCAUCACCGGAAACGAUGACUGAUAUGAAGUUUGUCGUCAAAUUUUCGAAGGAAUGGCGAAAGCAACAUCCCAAAACCCGUGGAAGGAAUGCUAUAAACAGGAUAUGGAAAAAGGGUUCUUCAAGACCUAUCGUGAUUCUGAAAGUCUGAAAAGCGCCUACUCCUCCUCCUUCAUAAAAUAACAU